ACGUGUCCUCUCUUGGGUCGUGGGGGCGCAUUGGUCACGUUGGUCCUCCGGCGUUACAAUCAGUAAUGUAAAACCUUACAAUCAUCCGCUGUGCAUUAAACACCCAUAGACCUAUCCAUGACAUGAGUGGAUAUCAAACUGCAGAUCUGAUAUUGUACCCUCAGAUGUUUGCUCUAUAGGCUAGCCUCAUUGUGCACCGGGCGCGUCUUAUAUGGUGCAGGGGGGGCGGCCUCUCCAACUGCAGAUACCAAAAUAGGAUAGCGGUGCGCCGUCCCGGGCUAAAUAGAGAUUGGUGUUGUGAAAGAAGAGCGUCGAUGCACAGGGAGAGACGUACGGGUCGCAUGGUAAGGGGCAUGGAAAUACGAUAGUGAGUGAUCAUGUCGGAUAAACCUGCUGAACUCUACACGUAUGAUUACAAUGACGACGACCACCCCCAUGAAGUGCUGGAUGCCCUCAGUCAGUUCUACCUCGGCGGGCUGUUCACAGACGUCUCCCUGCAGGGCUCCUCCGGCCGGGUCUUCCACUGCCACCGGGCCGUGCUAUCGGCUCGCAGCUCCUACUUCCGAGCGAUGUUCACCGCUGACAUGAGAGAGCGCUCCAACAGCCUCAUCACACUGUCCGGGGUAGAGUGUGAGGUCCUCGGUGUACUGUUGCACUACUCCUACACGGCCCAAGUGUGCAUCACAGAGAAUAACGUGCAGAGUCUGCUGGAAGCGGCGGAUCUCAUGCAGUUCAGUUCCUUGAAGCACGCCUGCGAGGACUUUCUCAUUCGUUUUCUAGACGUGGGCAACUGCCUGGGCAUGCACGCUUUCGCCCAGCUGCACGUCUGUCGCAGCCUGGAGCGGGAGACCCGUCGGCUCAUGUUCAGCAAGUUGGAGGAUCUCGUGCAGCAGGAGGAGUUCCUCGAGUUGCAGGCUGAUGACGUGAGGUCCCUUCUCGCCGUCAAGAACAUCCUCGACGCGUGGGAGGAUGAGGUGCUGGUACUCGCCGUGGUGAAAUGGGUCACGCACGACUUGGACAAUCGCACCGACCACGCCAAAGACCUCCUGCGUUCCAUUCACCUCGACCUGAACGACAUUGCCCUCAAGUCAGCUCUUAGCUUGCGCAGAAACUCUGUUGACGACAAGGAACACAUCAAAUCCAUGGUCAGUCAUACCUUGGUGUCGGCGGGUAAGGGGGAGGGAACACCAGCGGGGGGUAAGAAGCUCUCCCCCAGGAUGUACUCCAUAGGGGGGUACUACUGGCACCCCCUGGCAGAGGUUCACAUCUGGGAGCCGAGGGGCAACGUGUGGGCCCAGGGUAAAAACAUGCCCGAGCACACCAGAGAGAGCUACAGCGUCACCUUGCUGGGGGCCAACAUCUACGUCACGGGGGGUUACCGGACUCACACGGUGGAGGCCUUGGACGCGGUGUCCGUGUACAACACUGACGGGGACGAGUGGACGGAGGGCUGCCCCAUGCUGACGGCCCGGUACUACCACUGCUCGGUGGCGCUACACGGCUGCGUGUACGCCAUCGGGGGGUACCGGAACGGGGCGCCGGAGAACCAGGCCGAGUGCUACGACCCCCUGAAGAGGAAGUGGUUCCCCGUUGCCGAUAUGACUGCCGGGGUAGGGAACGCCAGUGCGUGCGUGGUGAGGGAGCGGAUCUACGUGACGGGGGGGCACUACGGACACCGCGGGAGCUGCACCUACGAGCAGAUCCAGGUCUACACGGCAGACGCCAACGCGUGGAGCAUCAUCACGGUCAACCCCCAUCCAGAGUACGGCCUAAGCUCGGUGUCCCUCGACAACAAGAUGUACCUGGUGGGCGGUCAGACGGCGGUGGCGGACUGCUUCGACCCCGACACCAACGCGUGGAGGGCGAUGGCGGAGAUGAAGGAGAGGAGGAUGGAGUGCGGCGCGGCGGUGAUACGGGGCUGUAUCUACGUGACGGGCGGCUACUCCUACUCCAAGGGGACCUACCUGCAGAGCAUCGAGAGAUACGACCCCCAGCUGGACGCCUGGGAGACGGUGGGGAGCUUGCCCGGGCCGGCCAGAUCUCAUGGGUGUAUUUGUGUUCACAGUGUCAGUUGAUUUUAAAAAACUGUUUUUUUUUAUUAUUAUUAUUUUGUGCUGUGAAUGAGAUGAAUGCUGCAUUAAUAAAAAAUAAAUAAAACGUUUUAUAAAUAACUUAAUAUAUUUGCCAACACCAGGGUCUAUUUGUAGCCUGACUUUGCCGUAUCAUUUUGCAAAUGUGUAUUAUCUGCCAGAGCGAAUAAAACAUGAGCUUGCAGAUUCGUCUGGUUCCCAGGCUAUACAAUCUGUAUUUUGGCACCAAAGGUCGUUUAUAAAUUUAGGUAUUACUACAGAUGUGAUAUAAUGUCUGAAUACACUGAAUUAAUAAAAGAAAAAAA